AUGUAUCUCACAGUCGCCUUCAGCAGCGACAAGCGCGACAUGACCGCCGAGCACGUCGAGCAAACCUUCCAGUCCGACUUCUGCGACGUCGGCGCCUCGGAGCCCUUCUCCGAGUCCCUAGUCGCCACCGAGCGCGCCUCCGUCGACGACUGCCACGGCCUGACGGCCUGGCUCAGCGCCAACCCGGGCUACUACAAGGCGACCGACUUCACGGGGUAUACGUUCAACGACCUGGUCACGUUUGGGAGUUGCGCGUUUGGGUUCUACCGCACGGACGGCGGCGUGGGGGUUUUUAGUUUGGGGAAUCAGGAUGUCCUGGAUUUGGUCGGUAUGGCGGUAAGAAAGUAUGCGGUGGACGGCAUGGUGGGUGCGGCGGGGCAGGUUGGGUGUGAUGGUAACACGAGUAUUAGUUGGAGUCUUUAUGAUGUUGCCAAGAGGGAUGAUGGGACUAUGGUGCAUGGGGACCAGGCACCUGCGUGA